AGGGGGAGAGAGAUUUAUUUCCACAGCUGAAACCAGGCGCCCCCGUUCUCCUCUCUCUGUUCAAACUGAGGGACUUCAGAAAAGGUUUUUUUUUUUUCAGACAAAGGGAUUAAAUAGAGAGGCUAGUGGUGGAGGAGUGUGGAUAUGGAUACCGUAGUACUAGAGGGGGCUACCCACAAAAAGACUGGUCCGGGGAGUGUCCCAGGGGUGCCAGCACCCCCCGUUAAACGGCCCAAAGCUAAGAAGGCUAAGAAAGCUGUGGUUUUCUUUGAGGUGGAGAUUCUGGAUGCCAAGACCAAGGACAAACUCUGCUUCCUGGACAAGGUUGAGCCAAAUGCCACUAUUGGGGAGAUCAAGUCUAUGUUCCACAAAAGCCAUCCUCAAUGGUACGCAGCCAGACAGUCCAUCCGUCUCGACCCAAAGGGUAAGUCUCUAAAGGAUGAGGAUGUCCUGCAGCAUCUUCCUGUGGGAACCACGGCAACCUUCUACUUCCGAGACCUGGGAGCUCAAAUCAGCUGGGUGACCGUGUUUCUGACAGAGUAUGGUGGUCCUCUUCUCCUCUACCUAAUGUUCUACUUCCGUGUUCCCUUCAUCUACGCCCCCAAAUAUGACUUCACCACCAGCAAGCACUGGGUCGUACAUCUAGCCUGUAUGUGUCACUCCUUCCAUUACCUGAAGAGACUCCUGGAGACCCUGUUUGUCCAUCGCUUCUCCCACGGGACCAUGCCGUUACGCAACAUCUUCAAGAACUGCACCUACUACUGGGGCUUUGCUGCCUGGAUGGCCUACUAUAUUAACCACCCUCUAUAUACACCACCUACAAUCUAUGGUGAGCAGCAGGUCAGGAUUGCCCUCAUCAUCUUUCUGUUCUGUCAGGUUGGUAACUUCUCCAUCCAUAUCGCCCUGCGGAACCUCCGCCCACCAGGAUCUAAGACCAGGAAGAUCCCCUACCCCACUAAGAACCCCUUCACCUGGAUCUUCCUGCUGGUCUCCUGUCCCAACUACACCUAUGAGCUGGGCUCGUGGUUCGGCUUCACCUUGAUGACCCAGUGUCUGCCGGUGGCUUUCUUCACGGCGGUGGGCUUCAUCCAGAUGACGGUGUGGGCCAAGGGGAAGCACCGCAGCUACCUGAAAGAGUUCCGGGACUACCCUCCCCUUCGCUCGCCCAUCCUCCCCUUCGUCCUCUAGAGAAGAAUGGAGACCCACCCAAACCUACACUACACUGGACUGACCUGGAAUGAGAACCCUGCCCCCUUGGACUACCCCCCCCCCCCCCUCCAAUUAAUAACACUUACCCCCCCCAAAACAUUUUGAGGAGGCUGUCUUAUACUAUGCUUUCCCACACAGAAGUUUCUGCCUAACAACGCUCCUCAACCCACGUGAUUGGCUAUUGUUAUUUUUCUUAUCUGAGUGUUUAAUAACCUGACUGACAGUCUGGCAUGUCUCAAAUGGUACAAUACUACAGGGCCCUCGGGUCAAAAGUAGUGCACUACAUAGGGGCUAGGGAGCCAUUUGGGAUGUGACCAGUAUCUAACAAGGUGUAGGUCUAUCUGCUCUGGGUUACUUUAGUUGUUUUUUUACUCAUGUGAAGAAGUAUAACAAUACCAAAGUCUUUGAUCAGAAAUGGGGAAAUAAACCAUGAGCUUUUGGUCGUUA